AUGCUCUAUACAGUCAUCCAAUUAAUCAUUAAGAAAUGUAAGAAGAAGCCAAUCUAAAAUAAUUAAACUUCUGAAGUUAAUAAUUUUCUAAAUGAUGUAAAAUAAGAUAAAUAUUUACUCUCCUAAUCACUCAAAUUUGACAGCUAAAAUACUAGUUCAAAUUUAGAUAUUAAUUAAGUUGGUUUAGUAAACACAUAAACAGAUCAACCUUUUGCUUAAAAGCAAUUAAGUUAAUAAGAUAAGGUUGGAAAUGUCAAAAACAGAAAGAAAAUUAAAAAAAUUAAAGCAAAAAAAAUAGAAACAGCAGAUUAAGUAUUUGAUAUAGAAGAAAUUGAUUAAAACAUAAAGAAGGAUAAAAAACAUUAAUAUUUUUAACAUAAUAAUUACAAUCAUAAGUAGAAUACGGAAAUUUCUAAAAUCAAAAGUAAAUAAAAUGUGAUUAAUGAUGUGAAUUUCGGAUCUUAUGAUUAUGAUAACUUUAAUAAGAAUGACACCUCUAAGCAUUUCAUUAAUAGUAAUGUAAAAUAUAAUUUGAGCAACUUAGAGGUUUCAGGUAAAUUUACUAAUCAAUACCCAUCAAAAUUUCUUUUUGAAAGUCAAAGUGAUGUAUAAAGCUAUAAUGCUCAAUUACUAGCUAGUUAAUAACAACUUGCUAAUUAAAAGUCAAUUAUAAAUAAUAAUAAGAAAAACCAUAAAAAUGCCAAAAAAUCAUUUGACAUAGAACCUUUUGAAUUACAGUUGUAAAAUGAGUAGAUCAAUGUGAUAAAACCAGAUGCAUAUCUGGAUGAGGGAGAAAUUAAAUAAAAUCGCAUAAGACAUAAAUUUAAGCAGAAGGACUAUAGCCUUGAACCUAAAAACUUAAUUAAUCUUAAGAAAAAAUUAAACCUGUAAUAAGAAGUAUGA